AUGCCAUCAUCUGAACAACAACAUCAUUCAUUAAAUCAUGAUUGUAUUUCAUCAUUUUCACCGUUAUAUCCUUCAAAUCUAAAUAAAUCAAUUUUAACAAUAUCACCUGAACAAAUAUAUUUGUCACCAUCAACUAUAGUUACACUUACAUGGAAUAUUUAUGAUAACGUAAUAGCAUCAAAUGAUACAAUCGGGAUAUUUUUACCAGAUAAAUUAACAUUUAAUGACGUUAUCGAAAAUGUUUAUACAAAUUUAAAUGCUUUAAAAAUUGGGCAAUAUCAUUGGCAUUGUACACAAACAAUGAUAAAUAAAUUAGCUAAUGUUGAUACUGUUUAUUUUCAAUAUUAUAAUUUAACUACUGGUGAAAUAAAAGCUCAAUCAUCUUUAAUACCAUUUAUUCAUGAUAAUAAUGAUAUACCAAAUAUGAUUAAUAUUGCACGACCUAUAUCAAUAAAAAUUUAUGAUCUUCAUGCAACAAAUUUACAUCGUGGUGUACUUUUUAAACCUGAUCCAUAUAUAAAAGUAUCAUUAAUAGCAGGUCAUCUUCAUAAACAAUUACGAACAUCGUCUCAUUUUCAUAAUCAAGAAAAACGAACAAAUGUCAUUCCGAAUACCUGUCAUCCAAAAUGGUAUAAUCAAUCAUUUAUAUUUCAAACAUUUCAGACAGAUUUAUUGGAGUUUGAAGUAAAAGAUAAAUUUGUUAAAACACGACCAACAAUGAAUCGUUUUCUUGGAAAAUUAACUAUUCAUGUGGGAUUUUUACUUGAUAAAUUAAAUAAAAAUACAGCAACUUUUGUUUUUAAUCUUCAACGACGUAAUUAUUCUGAUCAUGUUAGUGGAUGUUUAAUGUUUAAUGCUGCAUAUGUUAGAGCUGAAUCACCAACAAUACAAAGACCAUUAACGGAUGUUAAUCCAAUAGCAAAUGUUAAUCAAUCAGAACAAGAAACUAUUGUAGCUAACGAUAAUAAUCUUCCAUCAAUAAAUGAUAAUGAACAAACAAUAAAUCAUGCGUCAUCAGAAGAAAAUAAUAUAUCUGAUCAAAUUGAUGGUUCAACAUCUUCCAUAUCAAAUGAUCGAUUGUUAGAUUCUUCAAUAACACCAUCCAUUGACGAAUCGUUAUCAUUAGUUUCGGAAAAUACAAUCAUAGGCAAUGGAUCAACGAAUGAUGCUAAUCAGAUGUUGUUGAAUAUUUCUUCUAAUCAACCUAUAAUAACUACGACGGUUCUAACACAUUGUUCUUUAUUAUCAUCAUACCAAGGACAUGAUGAAGAGCAAGAAGAAAUAAAUGAGAACAACAUUGAUGACAAUCAACAACGACGAGAUGAAGAAGACAACAAUGACGAAGACGCGUCAUCGCAUAAUUGCAAUGUCAGAUCAACUAAUAUCGUUGUCCCUUCAUCUAUAAAGAAAAAAUUGAAACAUUGUCAUUCAUCAUCAACCUUACUUCCUUCACGUAUCCCACGUUCGUCAAGUAUAAUAACGACAUCAUCGAAGACAGGAAUGCUUCGACAUCAUCAACAUUCACAUCAUGAUACUUAUCGAACAUUACAAUUACCUGUCAACUCGACAAAUAAAUUGUUAAUUAUUACACCAAAUAGUCAACAUCAAUCAAUCAAAAAAAUGACAGCAGGAUCAGAAAAUAAUUUGCGUACAAGUGGAAAUCCUAUUCAUGAUAUAACAUAUAAUCAUUAUAAUAAUAACAACAACAGUUGUUUUAAUGAUGAAAGUGUUCGAACAUUAUCAAAAGAACUUCGUCAAGCAGCUCGAGAUCUUCAUCGUCUUCAAUCAAAAUAUGAACCAAUAACAACAUCAGAUACUAAUAAUCCAAAUAAUAAUAAUUCUAAUACAGAUUGUUCAUCUACUGAACAAACACGAAAAUUGAUUACACGUGAAUUACAAGAAUGGCAUAAACAACAAGUAUCAAAAUAUAAGAAUUUAACAACAACACCACCAAGAAAAAAUUCCGAAAAAACAAAUGAAUCGAUUUCAUCAUCAACAUUACAUCACAAUGAAACAGAGAAUAUGAUUACAAGUAUACUUCCAUCUAUUGAAGAUUCAAGAACAAUAGGUACUACAUCAUCUUUUAUUGUUACUGAAGAACCAAUUAUUAUACCAACAGUUAUCUCAACAUCACAAUCAAUUAUUAAAACAAAUGAUAAUUCCACUCAUCGAAAUAAUUCAAGGUUACAUGAAUCUUCAUUUAUGGUUACAUUACCACGUAAACCAGUUACUAUUGAUACUAGAACAUCACCACCACAAACAUUAACAACUGAUAUAAGUGAUCCUCCAUCUCCACCGAUAAUUAAUGCUUCUCCUCCUUUACCUUCUGGAUGGGAAAGUCGAAUUGAUCAAUUUGGUCGACCUUAUUUUAUUGAUCAUAAUAAUAAAACAACAACAUGGCAACGUCCAACAAUAGUAUCACAAUCAAUUGUUCCAACAUCUCGUCUUCCAAUAGCUGCUGUUGGUACUACUACUACUGCUGUUGGUACUACUACUACUACUACUACUGCUGCUACUACUAGUAUUAUUACUGCUCCUAAAAGUUCUUCUCCAACAAUUGAUCGUGAACGAAUGGAUAAACGUUAUCAAAGUAUUCGACGAACAACAACAAAUUCUUCCACAACCGAUUCAUCUAAUAUUCUUUCUCCUGAUAAUAACAAUAAUAAUAAUAAUACUACUACAAAUAAUGAUAUAUCAUCAUCAUCAUCGUCAUCAUCAUCAUCUGCUUCUUCAGCAAUCCAAACAACAGAAGAUUAUGUUCGUGCAACUCCAGCUUUAAAAUUUAUUUGCCGAUCAGAUUUUUAUCAAUUAUUUAAAACACAUCGUGAAGCACGUCAGAUGAUUAAAUCCGAUUCAUUAGCCGGUAUAUUACAACGUAUACGACAUGAUCCAUUAUUAUUUAAAAGAUACCAACAUAAUAAAGAACUAGUACGUUUUCUUAAUUUAUUUGCUGAUCCAACACGACCAUUACCAUCUCGUUGGGAUAUUAAACAUGAUGAUAGUGGAAAAUUAUUUUUUGUCGAUCAUAACACACGUUCAACAACAUAUAUUGAUCCACGUUUACCAAAUAAUGAUGAACAACAAUCAAUACUAGCUGCUAUUGCAUUACCACCAUCGAAUAGAAAUGAUGAAAAUUCUUCCAUAUCUUCUCGUACAAAUAAAAAGCCACAUGAACUUAUUACAUUGACUUAUAACGAAAAAGUUGUUGCAUUUAUGCGACAACCACAUAUAUAUGAUUUACUUAAAGCAAAUCAACUUGUACCAUUAACAAGUAAAUUACGUGAUAAAAUUCAAUUAAUACGUACUGAUGGUGUUCGAGCACUUGAUACAUUAUCAAAUUCUGUUGAUUUAAGUCUACUUAUUAGUGUCUUUCAUGAAGAUAUUGUGUCUUAUAUUCCCCCAUUAACACAAUCAGCUAUUGUUACAACAUCACAUUCUGUAUCAUCAUUUAUUUCUUCAUCACCAUCAACAACAUUUACUGUUGAACAUAGUAAACCAUCAUCAUCAUCAUCUCGACGUUCCUCAAGUCAACAAUCAUCGUCAUCAUCAUCAUCACGUCGACCAUGUUUUCAACAAAAAUUACGUGCUUUCUAUAAAAAACUUGAUUCAAAAGGCUAUGCAACAGGUCCAUCGAAAACAAAAGUAUCUAUAUCACGAAAUAAUUUACUUGCUGAUGCAUUUGAAAAAUUUAUGAAUCAAAUACCAAAAAAAGAUUUACAACGAAAUAAAUUAUUUAUUACAUUUACAGGUGAAGAAGGUCUUGAUUAUGGUGGACCAUCAAGAGAAUUCUUUUUACUUAUGUCAAGACAAUUUUUUAAUCCAUAUUAUGGAUUUUUUGAAUAUUCAGCUAGUGAUCAAUAUACAUUACAAAUAAGUCCUAUGUCAAAAUUUAAUGAAAACUAUACAGAAUGGAUGCGUUUUGGUGGACGAAUGCUUGCUGUGGCAUUGAUAAAUCAAUAUCUAGUUGAUGCAUUUCUUGUUCGUCCAUUAUAUAAAGCUUUAUUACGUGAACAUCAAUCAUUUACAUUAGCUGAUUUAGAAUCCCUUGAUCCAGAAUUUUAUCAAUCAUUAUUAUGGAUAAAAGAAAAUAAUGUUGAAAAUCAAGAUUUGUAUUUUUAUGUUAAUGAAGAUCAAUGUGGAAAAAUAAUCGAAAAAGAAUUAAAACCCGAGGGAAAAAAUUGUCAAGUUACCGAACGUAAUAAACGUGAAUUUCUUGAUUUAAUUAUUAAAUGGCGUAUCGAACGUGGUGUACAAGAACAAAUUGAUUGUUUUGUACGUGGUUUUUAUGAAAUAAUUGGUGAUCAUAAAUUAAUUUCAUCGAUGUUUGAUGCACGUGAAUUAGAAUUAGCUUUAUGUGGUACAAUGGAAAUUGAUUUAAAUGAUUGGCGUAUGAAUACAGAAUAUCGUGGUGGUUAUCAUGCACAACAUCAUGUUAUUGAAUGGUUUUGGUUUUGUGUUGAAAAACGUUUUGAUAAUGAACAACGUUUAAAAUUAUUACAAUUUGUUACUGGUACAUCAUCAAUACCGUACGAAGGUUUUUCAGCAUUACGUGGUUCAAAUGGACCAAGACGUUUUUGUAUUGAACGUUGGGGAAUAUCAGAUGCAUUACCACGUGCACAUACAUGUUUUAAUCGUCUUGAUUUACCAUCUUAUACAUCAUAUGAUAUAUUAUACAAUAAAUUAUUACUAGCCAUUGAAGAAACAAAUACAUUUGCAUCAUGUCUUAUUGUAAUGCAUACUUAUGGAUCAAUUACUAUUGAUGAUCCAUAUUUAUUAUCAAACAAUAUUAAUAAUAAUAAGCAAAAUGAUGAUGACAAUGAUGAUCAUGUGUUUGUCUCACGACGAGCAGGUCAUUUUAUAUUUCCAUCAAUAGCUUUUAUUACUCCGAAAAGUCGCUCAUUUGAAAACGUAGGUCAUGUUCCAGUGGAACGUCAAUUAUUUGGUCGAAAACAUCAUUGGGAUACAUAUUUUGGUCGUCGUCGAUAA